CAUUGUGUGCAUGUCCCCGGAGCUGCUAGUGUGAGUUUCUGUGACCUUGUGUGGACAUUUUGGGUAAAAAAUGGCCCUUUGUAUAUGUCCUUGUGCAGCGAUACAGAGCUUCUUUUUAGAUCUGCGUUUUGAUCCUUGCGAGGGUGGAGUUGGGACUCGUGUGGCUUUAAUGUGAGUCAAUAUAAAGCCCCCCCCCCCCUGGAUCUGCAAACAAGUGCCGCCGACAGCCUGCCUGUGUGUAUCUGUCUGUUUCCAUACCAGCAAAUCCACGCAGAUUAGAAGGAAAUCCCAGCCUAUAUGACAUUAAGAUGGUUUUGUUUGCGGGCAGACGAUGACCCACAUACUCUGCACUCCAAAGGGAGUCCGACCUCGCUCUUCUGAGAGAAUCCACCAGGCCACGUGACCCUCUUUCCCUUUUUUGUAUUGAAAGUUUCGUAGGAAGUGUGAUAUAUGGUCAUUUCCAGGGAAAUCUUUAGUUUCUUGUAAAGUCGUGAUACUUCAGGUUCACGGCAACCAAGAAAACAGCCCCUCUGUUUCGGCAGAAGUGAUCAAGCUGCACAGAUUUGUUUUAGCUUUUGAUCUGCAUGCCCUUACGUGAAAGCUUCAAUUUCUGCUGCAUGUUUGUUCAUUUGUUUGGCUUUGGAACUGACUGAAUUUCAUAAGGAAUUAGUGUCAUUCGAACAAAUAUUUGGGGCGGUAAAGUCUACAGGCGAUGACGAAAGCACAUCGCUUUCACGCACGAUUCUCUCUCAGCGGAUGUUUCCAUAAUCCCUGUGAGUACAAGACUGUCGCUGUGAAAAGUGAGACUCCCCCUUGAGAGGGCCCCGUUGCAGAACAAUAAGGCGACGGGUGCAAGGAACCCCCCUCGGGCACCCCCGCGCCUGAGUUUCAGCGACGCCCAGGUGAAGGCUGAUUGGCUGCUCACACGCGUUGAGGCGUGCUGGCACGCUCUCCCUGGAGUGCCGCGGGCUGUUCCUCGCUCACUCUGAGCGGCGUUAAAGAGCAGGACGGUUGGCCGGUGGCGGCAUAGCGGGCGAGAUGCGGGAGUGGCAUCUCUCCUCGGGACGGGACGUCUCACUUUCCGCCAUCCUCGGCUGCUGCGGCGACAACUGCGGCGCCCGGCUUCGCUGAGGAGCAUGUGACAGGAGCGGCCGGCGGAGACCUCGCAGGGGAGCUGCCGGCUAGCUGUGUGACAGGAAGCUGGAGAGGGUCACCAUUUGUGUGGGGGGGGUGUCUGUCGAAUGAGGAACAGUGUUGCCUUUGGCUCAAGGUGGCUGCGGUGGGUAACCAGAAGAGGAAGAUCAGCCGGGGAGGGGGUGGGGGAAGACGGACAGGACGCACCACGGAGGGGUGACAAGCUGGAGUGUCUGUCCGUUCCUGGGUGCCCCCGAGGUGACACUGGAAAUACUGGGCUUUCCUUAUUACAUCUCCGGUGUGGGGGCUCCCACGGCAGGCGGCGCACCCCCAGCCUGAGCGAGAGCUUCUUCAUGGUGAGGGAUGCGGCUCUGCUCCUGCAGCAAGGCCAGAAGGCCCUCCCAACUGGCCAGAGGGCCGUCCCCCAGCACAGGCAUGCAGGGGACUUGCCGCAGCACCUCCAGGUGAUGAUUAACAUCCUGCGUUCAGAGGACAAAAUCAAGCUGGCCGUACGUCUAGAGAGUGUGCAGACCGACCGUGUCAGGUACAUGGUUGUGGUCUACACCAGUGGCCGGCAGGACGCUGAAGAGAGUGUCCUCCUGGGCAUGGAUUUCACAAACAAAGACAGCAAAAGCUGCUCCAUUGGGUUGGUCCUGCCGCUGUGGAGCGACACAAAGAUCCACCUGGAUGGGGACGGCGGCUUCAGCGUGACCACAGCGGGCAGGACGCAUAUCUUCAAGCCGGUGUCGGUGCAGGCCAUGUGGUCGGCCCUGCAGAUCCUCCACAAGGUGUGCGAGGUGUCACGCCGACACAACUACUUCCCCGGGGGCAUAGCGCUGUCCUGGACAGGCUACUACGAGAGCUGCCUGGCCUCCGAGCAGAGCUGCAUUAACGAGUGGAACUCCAUGAAGGACCUGGAGACCACGCGCCCCGACUCUCCGGCCCUCUAUGCCGACAGGCCCACUGAGAGGGAGCGGACGGAGUGUCUCGUCAGAGCCAAGCUCCGGAGCAUCAUGAUGUCCCAGGAUCUGGAAAAUGUUACCUCCAAAGAAAUCCGUACCGACCUGGAGCAGCAAAUGAACUGCAACCUGAAGGAGUACAAGGAGUUCAUUGAUAACGAGAUGCUGGUCAUCCUGGGCCAGAUGGACAAGGCCACGCCUAUCUUCGACCACCUCUAUCUGGGCUCAGAGUGGAACGCCUCGAACCUGGAGGAGCUCCAAAACUCAGGAGUUGGCUACAUCCUCAACGUCACACGGGAGAUCGAUAACUUCUUUCCCGGGACCUUCGCCUACUACAACAUCCGGGUUUAUGAUGAGGAGGCAGCCGACCUGCUGGCCCACUGGAACGACACAUACAACUUCAUCGUGAGAGCCAAAAAGAACCACUCUAAGUGCCUGGUCCACUGUAAGAUGGGCGUGAGCCGCUCCGCCUCCACGGUGAUCGCCUACGCCAUGAAGGAGUACGGCUGGUCCUUGGACAAGGCCUACAGCUUCGUCAAGCAGAAGAGGAGCAUCGCCUGCCCCAACGCCGGCUUCAUGAGGCAGCUGGCCGUGUACGAGGGCAUCCUGGAUGCCAGCAAGCAGCGGCACAAUAAGCUGUGGGGUUCCGGCCCAUACGCUGACGUUCCGGACGGGCCGCAAGGCUCGACCCAGAGCCAGGGCGCUGACGAUCCAGACGACGUGACCGCAGCACCUCCCCCCCACGACUCCUCGUGGGGGGGUGCUUCCUGCAGGGCUGUUGGGACGGAGGUAGACCCCGCCGACCCCCCUAACUUCAACUACUGCUUCCGGCGCCUCUCCGACUCUGCUCUGGACAGCGAGCCGUCCACCCCGGUCCGAACCCCGGGGGGCCCUACGGUCUACAUCGAGGUGGAGGAUGUGGAGAGGGAUGCCCUGCUGGAUGAUGCCGGCUUUGGGGGCCGCGGGGGACCCCUGGUUCACCUGCACAGGGAGCCCCUGGAGGAGCUACGUGCCCGGCUGGAAUUCAGCACCGUGGAGGAGGAGGACGAGGAGGACGUGGUGCGGGAGGAGACGGAGGCGGCCCAGCUAGAGGGGAGGGCCCCUGACCAUGGCAACGGCAGGCUGGCGUCAAGCUCCGCCUCCCUGGCAGCCCGAAACCGCUUCAACAACGAAAACGCCAACAACAGCAACCGGCUGAGUGCCAAGCGGAGCUGUCCAUCUGGCUUUGAUGACAGUGCUAGCAUCGGGAAGCCUUACAAAGUGAAGCCCUCCUACCAGCCCAGUCCGGACGGCCACCGCAUGCUGUCCGGCCGCGGGUACAAGGCGGCCACCACUGACCGGAGCCGGCGCCUUAACUCCGCCCGCUUCGGCUGCAUCGCCAAGAACACCCUGGUUUCUGCCCCCGCUCCAUGUCAUGCUGUACAAGCCCCACCCCCAGCCUUACACUUCAAGGCCUACCGCCAGCAGCCGGGAUUGUCAGCGAGCUGUGAAGGGGAUUCGCUCUGCCCCCUAGAGGCUGAUGCCAUGGAGGAUCUGCAGGAGGAUGAGCAGAUCGACAGAAAGGAGGGAGACGCCGGAUGCCGGCCGGCUUCCGCCACGAGCGAAUUGACCCUGCUGGAGCUCAGCCUUGGGGCAGACCGGCCUCCGGCGCAAGGGGACUCGGGACAGCACCAGGUGCAGCUUGAGCAGCCCGGUCUGGUCCAAAAACAGGCCAAGAGCAUGAAUGUGGAGGGUGUAGCCCCCGUCGAGGACAUGGAGAUGGACACCAGUGGGGUCAGGGAGCCUAGUCCCACUGGGACAGAAGCUCACCUACAGAAACUUGGGGUGACGAUGCCCUCUGCACUGGCCAAGCAGGGCAGCCUUACCAUCUUGCCAAGGGAUUCCCCCUCCAUAGACCCUCAGCCUAGAGAAUAGGGGCUGCUGCCUGGCACUUUGCAGUUCUAUCUCAAGCCUGCAGGGGGUGCACUGGUCGAGCUUCUAAAAAACAGCCAAAGGAAGCAAUGCAAUUUAGUCUGGAUGGUAAAUAAUCCAGUAACUGGCUCCCCACUGUUUUUCCUGCAGUUCCAGCGGGGUCUGUAGUGCUGCAGUUCUCCUCCUACAUGCAUGGGGGCGGGGUCUGUAGUGCUGCAGUUCUCCUCCUACAUGCAUGGGGGCGGGGUCUGUAGUGCUGCAGUUCUCCUCCAACAUGCAUGGGGGCGGGGUCUGUAUUGCUGCAGUUCUCGUCCAACAUGCAUGGGGGCAGGGUCUGUAGUGCUGCAGUUCUCCUGCGACAUGCAAAGGGGGCGGGGUCUGUAAUGCUGCAGUUCUCGUCCAACAUGCAUGGGGGCGGGGUCUGUAAUGCUGCAGUUCUCGUCCAACAUGCAUGGGGGCGGGGUCUGUAGUGCUGCAGUUCUCGUCCAACAUGCAUGGGGGCGGGGUCUGUAGUGCUGCAGUUCUCCUGCGACAUGCAUGGGGGCAGGGUCUGUAGUGCUGCAGUUCUCCUCCGACAUGCAUGGGGGCGGGGUCUGUAGUGCUGCAGUUCUCCUGCGACAUGCAUGGGGGCAGGGUCUGUAGUGCUGCAGUUCUCCUGCGACAUGCAUGGGGGCGGGGUCUGUAGUGCUAUAAUUCCAGAUUGAUGAGUAAUGUAAGAUAAGCCAAAAAAGGAUAGAUCUACAGGCUACUGACAGAACCAUGAAUGUUUGCCGAUAAACCUCAUGUGGACCCCCUUGCUGUUCCAGCAGCACAGCCCCAGGCACCCAUGCUGUCACUUCCUGUUUAGGUCUUUCCCUUCCUGUCCCCUUCCUUCUGCAGAUGCGGUACAUUCCUGCUUUCCGAACAGCAAGACAGAUGGUGUAAGAGUUGUGGAUCAUUUUUGACAGGCUGUAGAUAAAAGAUAAUUAAUGCUUAGUAGCUGAUUUAUUGUCCAUCCUGGUACUUAGUUUAAUUAUACUGCUAGAUGUGGUAAUUGUAGACCGUUCAAUUGCCAGGUAUCAUAUACCGUAUAAUUCUGAGCUAGACAGGAAGGGUAGGUUUAAAGGCCUCUUAGGAACACAUGACUAAGUUCUGUGUAUUCUUCAUUAGGGUGACUGCUUUUUCAGUCACGUUCUGCAAGUGCCAAACUGCCCCAAUCAGUUAACAGAUGAGCCGUCUGCUUUGAAUGACAUAUGAGCCGUUCGGUAAUGUGCCUGAGAGCGUCUUUAAAUGGCGAACGAGUCUAAUAGCUGAUUUUUGGUGAACGGACUAACUGCUAUCCACAUCAUGUAGACGAUUCUUAAAACCUGCACAGGUAGGAGAAGAACAGUCUGGGUCACAUGUCUGCUGAAUCGCCUUUUACAGCACUAACCUCAUCUGGUUAUGAUUUCUGUUAGUCAGAGGCAGAAUAUCUACCUGUAGCAAGAACUACUGGGCCCCCCUGCUGGGGCUUGAAAGUGGGUGUCGCUGGUAUACAGUUCGUUAUUCUAACCCUCUCCUCCCUGAAGCGUCUCCGCAGCUCAUCUCUAGCUCCGCAGGUCGUGAGUCAGAGAGCUGACUGAUCCAUUCUGAAACUGCAGUCUGUGAAUCUUCAUCAUAUUGUUGUGUUUUCUCCCUUCGCUGUUUUUGACGGGCAGUUUCAUCCAAGUUUGUUUUCUUCCUGCUUGUUGUUUUUUGUCUAAAAAAAGAAAAAGAAAACGCACGCUGCUUGAAAAGUAUAAUUACUGAGCGAUCCGGCAUCCGCCUGAUCUGCAGGGCAUGACCGUUGACGUACGUUCACUUGACUCACGCAGAGGAAGCAGUUUGACAGCAAAGAUGAGGACCUCCACUGGUUCGUUGGGUCUCCUCAUUUUGAUCUCGCUGGACUAGCUCUUCCAGGCCGACCGGGCCACUUGAAUCCCCGUUCAGAGGUUUACUGACGUUGACAUAAACUUUGGUGCGAGUGGCGAGAGAGCCUGUUUUCCUCAUCCCUCCAUAUGUCAGAAGAAGGUGAGAAAAGAGUGAUCAGUUCGUACCCCUAGAACCUCCCCCCCCCCCCCCCAUGCACAUACUCCGUAAACGUGUAAGCAAUCAAGGGACAGCUGGUAAUGCCACGAGGAGUUGAUGCAGCAAGGUGGAAAAGCCUCACGCUUAGUGACUCUGGACCCAGACGACGAUUAGAUUUGACUUUGGGCCAAAUAGAGGAGAACUGUUUGACCUUCUAAAGGUGGUCCCCGUGCAAGCAGCCCCGGACAACUUUGCACCCAAGGUUUCGUUGAGUUUGCUGACAGCUCCUCGCAUUUUUGAUUGCACGUGCCCUGCAGACACCGUGCCACUGAGCAGAUCCAGGGUCGGGGGGGGGGGUGUUGAUAGUCAGUUGAACGCCUCAGUAGCAGACCCUGCUUAACACUGUGCACACUGUGCACACAGACACCCAGCUACCUGCAGGUUCACAGGGUUUGUCCACUACCUUUGUGUGUGCAUGUGUGUAAUGACUAUGUACAAAAGAUGAGUAUUUAGUUACAGAACAUCUACGACUGUAUACGACGUAUGACAUCCUCCUGGCCGAGUGUUUCUUUCGUGCCUAGUGUGUGAAAUUGGCCAUUAAAAAUGACGGGAAUGUUCUUGAAGUUAGUUAAUGUUCGUAAUUGUAGAGCUGGAAACUAUUUUGGUUUGCUGUACGCAUUCAGAGUGCAAAAAUGUGACCCCCCCACAGCACAAGCAAGAAUCACUGGACUCACCAAGGAUAAGCUGUUUAAAUCAUGUUCUAAUAUGGUCUCACCGUGAUGAGGCGCCCCCUGUAGCUCAUAGACGCACAUGAACACGGCUGCUGUGUGUGUGUGGGUGUGUGUGGAUAGCCUGGGCGGCUCUCACAGAAGCCAGAGCUCGCUGGCCAGAGGCUCAAGCGAAGGCCGGUCCCUACUGAGACCCCCUGAAGCAUUUCGUAGAGCCUUUGGUUCGAGCAGCAGGCCCGUCCGUACCAAACACUGUGCAUGGACAUGAGGGCGUGCCUUGGCUUAGCUCGUUGGGCCCUCCUAGUCAACACGUCUUUGUUAUGCACAGACAUAAGUGCCUUUGGUGACGACGCCCUGGGUAUAGGCACCCCAUUGGUGCUAUCACGCUGUUAAUGUGCCGUGUAGUUUGGCUGGUGUCCACAAGGGGGCGCUGGCUGCAGCUGCUCAUCCACUCCCAAUUUGAUGACCAUCUUUGGUGACAUCUGGAUGAUUAGCAGUAAAUUUGGUGGGUGGAAACUGGAGUGUGGUCAAGUCAUUCUGGUACCUGUUUACCAUUUUAUGGGGGAGAAUGAUUUCUCUCACAAAACGCACCCAAAACACAUUGCUGUUCUUAUAUUCAACUGCUGUUUCUGUUUUUGUUUUUUUUCCCCAUCCAAACCUGGGAUAUAGACUUUUGGUAAAUAGAUGCUCUAAGCAUUAGGAAGUCACAUGAUUACAAUAUGACCUCAUCUUAGCCAACAGCCCUUGACAAAGAGAGGGAUCUAUCCUUCCUGAUACGCAUACGGGUCUGCAGCUUGGCCUGUGAUUAACAUGAAGACUGCAGGCUGUAAAAGCAUAAAUAUCAAAGAGGAUGACAAUUGUGACACAUUUGUUUUAUUUUUACUUUUUUAAUUUAAGUCAAAGUUUAUUUUACUGUGUUAAGGCAUAAUGCACUUUUUUUACAUUUGUUAAAAACAGCAUACUGUAUGUGUUCAAUAUUGGAAAUAAACUUUUUCAUUUCUGACAA